GAGAGAGAGAGACGCGCAAGCUUCUUUUUCCAGGAGCUUUACUCUCACCAGUCCCGCUGACCCUGAGAUGGACGUCAGGUUCUACCCGGCUCCCCCCUCCAGCGUGGGUGCGUUAACGCCUGACUCCACUUUGGACUAUUAUCACUCCAACAAGGGCAGAUACGGGGGUACAGAACGAGGUGUGAGGCUCUACAGUUCUCUGCCCAUGCGCCCCAACCCCGACAGCAAGAGACUGCCAUCUUCUGGGUUUGAUGGUGACAACAUGUACAUGAAUGAAAACAACCAUGAGUUCCUCCCACCCAACCAGAGCUACACAGGUCAGACUGGUGGCACUGGUGCUGGCAGCGGGGGAGGAGGAGGAGGAGGUGGCGGCGGUGGCAGUGCCGGUACGACUAGUGGUAACGGAGCCGGGGACGAAGACUACGAGAUCCCUCCGAUCACCCCGCCCAACCACCCGGAGCCUCCUCUUCUUCACCUGAUGGAGCAUGACUCUGCGGGCUACCUGUGCCACUCACUGUCGCACAACGGCCUCAUCAACCCGUAUUCCUACCCGGAGCUGCCCACACUCAUGAUGUCCAACAUGCUGGCGCAGGACGGACCACUGGUCUCCAGCCAGAUGCAAUCGAUGCACGAGAUGGCUUUGCACCACCAUCACCACCAACAACAACAACAUCAACAACAACAGCAACACCAUCACCAGCACCCAGACGCCGUUUGUUACGACCAUGCUCGUCACCACCACCCCCUGAUUAACAGCUCACCUCCGAUACUGCCCAACCCCAUGAGCGCGCUGUCCCAGCUUAACCCUCAGUUCAGCCGGAGCGCACUCCCUCGCGGUUCUCCUUCACCUCCCGGGAGUAAAUCGGCUACUCCUUCCCCUUCCAGCUCCAAUCAGGAAGAGGAGACCGAUCCUCAUUUGAAGAUCACAGGCGAGAAACGACCAUCUUCUGAGAUGAUGAAGCCCAAGCCCAAGCCCCAGAAGAAGAAGAAGAAGAAGGAUCCCAACGAGCCCACAAAGCCUGUGUCAGCAUACGCACUGUUCUUCAGAGACACCCAGGCGGCCAUCAAAGGACAGAAUCCAAACGCCACAUUUGGGGACGUAUCGAAGAUAGUCGCUUCCAUGUGGGAUGGACUGGGAGAGGAGCAGAAGCAGAGCUACAAGAGGAAAACAGAGGCGGCUAAGAAGGAGUACCUGAAAGCAUUGGCUGCCUACAGAGCCAGUCUGGUUUCCAAGACAUACAAUGACCCCACGGAGCCAAAAAGUGCCCAAACAAGCCAGGCUUCCCCGCACAUGAUGCCAACCAACCCCUCCUUGUACAGCGUGCCACCCCCUCCCCAGCCGUCAUCCCCCUACCUGGGUCCCGGCGCCUUCCCCCUCGCCGACCUGCAGAGCUAUGCUGGCCACGCCCCUCGCCACACCCUCUCGCAGACGCUCAGCCAGUCGCAGAUGCUGCCCAGCAUUAGUGCCUCUCCCCCUUCCUCUUUCCAGAUCAGCCCGCCCCUUCACCCCCACCAGCAGCUCUCCCUGCACCAGAGCUCACUCCUCAACCAGCCCAUCCGCAUGCAGCAGGUCCAGUCCCAGCCAAUCAUCUCUCACCAGAUGGGGCUGCAGCACUCCCUUCACUCCCCGCCCCCUCCAGGCCAGCAGGCAUAUUCCCACCUGCAGUCAGAGUAUCAGAAGAGCAUCGGUGGGUCCCAGUCUCCAGGAGCACCCGGUCCCGGUCCUGGUCCUGGUCAUGACUGGGACAGUGAAUACUGCAAUAGGGAGUGCGGCAACCACUGCAGUGGCAGCAUGAUAGGCAGGGACAAGCCCCUCUACCUCACCUGAGCCUCAACAACCAUCAAGGCGGCGACCAAGCGAGGAGUCUACUCUCACCCUCUCCGUGACCCCCCCCCCCCCUCCUCCUCCAGCCACACCCCCACCCGACCCCUCCUCCUCAAGCUUACAUACGUGUACAUACGUUACAUACUUUGUUUAGUAACCAUCAUGUUCUCUUCUCGCGACGGGGACUUUUGGAACGAGAGCGACUUUUCCCGUAUUAGCCUGUGGUUUGAAGUCGCCUGAUGCACUUAGAAAGCCCCGCCCCCCUUUCAGACAGGCCCCUCCCCUCUGGUAGCUGGGCUGCAGAGCACUCCUCUUUUGUGUCCCCUCAGGGACCCCCAUCCAGCUUUAAUUAGAGUGCACAGGAAAACAUACUUUCAUUGUUGUUGUUACUCUUUUAUUUAUUUCUUCUUUGCAAAGUUGCCCCCUCGUACUGGAGCGAGAUCUUUACUUCUAAUAGGUUGUUUUUUUAGUUUUUUUUUUUGCUUGAGGGUCUGCAAAACGUGACACAAAAAAGCAGCAGGGGAAUCAAAACAAAAUAAUCUCUUUUUUUUUUAUUUUAAAUAUUAAAAGACCCAUGCAGGUCUACUGAGCUGUCACAGUGUGAUUGUAAAUACAACUUUUAUGGGAUCAAUUCAAAGGAAGUCCAGAUAGAGUUUGUUCUUCUGCAAAACUACA